AAAACUCUCCCUCUUUAUUCUCGGUGGUCAAAGAAAGAAGAGAAGCGGAGCGAAGAUGAUCGAGGUGGUGCUGAACGAUCGUCUGGGGAAGAAGGUGAAGGUGAAGUGCAACGAGGACGACACCAUCGGCGACCUGAAGAAGCUGGUGGCUGCCCAGACGGGUACCCGAGCCGAUAAGAUCCGGAUCCAGAAGUGGUACAACGUCUACAAGGACCACAUCACUCUCCGCGACUACGAAGUCCAUGACGGCAUGGGCCUCGAGCUCUACUACAACUGAAAUCAAGGCAUUGUAACAAUGCACUGGCCGUGGGACUGGUGCUUAGUCUCUAUAAGAGGUGGUGCUGUAUGGACUGCAAAACCGUAUAAUGGCGCAGAUUAUGUGUAUUUUCUGAAACAACUUCAUAAGUGCGUUGUUUACUUAUAUUUCAAUGUCUACUCGAUACAUUUGGGUUGAAUGAAUUCUGUGUAGUAAUACAUAAGCAGUAUAUCUUCUGUGACAUAAGCAGUAUGAAUUCGGUGUUAUAAUGGUAUCUGUGCUUGGUUUUUAUGUGUGUUUAUCUUGUG